AUGUCUGAAUUCAAUACCACAUUUCAGCCUUCUCUCUUCAUUCUCACUGGUCUCAGAGGGCUGGUGGGCGCCCGCCUGUGGCUAGGACCACUCCUAAGCCUGAUGUACAUAACCACAAUGGCAGGAAACUGUACUGUAAUUUACUUAGUGAGGACAGAACGGAGUCUACAGGAGCCCCAGUACCAUUUUUUGUCUAUGUUGGCCGGAGCUGACAUUGUCUUGUCUGUUUCCACACUUUUUUCAGUGUUAAAAGUCUUUAUCUUUGACCUGUAUGAAAUUGCAUUUGAUAGUUGCCUUGCUCAGCUGUUUUUCAUCCAUACAUCUUCCUCCAUGGGCUCAGGAAUCCUGUUGGCUAUGGCUUUUGACCGCUUUGUGGCCAUCAGUCACCCCUUGCAAUACACCACAAUACUUACCAACUCGCGUGUCACCAAGAUGGGACUGGCAGCCUUUCUGAGGGGUGUAGUACUUAUGACUACUUUACCUAUUCUGCUCAAGAGGCUCCCAUUCUGCAAGGGACAGAUGUUGUCUUAUUCCUACUGUAUUCACCCAAAUGUCAUGAAACUAGCUUGUGGCCAAGUCAAAAUCAAUAUUUUCUAUGGACUUGUUUUGGUUAUAUUUUCCUUUGGGGUAGACUUUCUGCUCAUAGCCAUUUCUUAUGCUCUGAUAUUCCAUGCAGUCAUGGGGAUUGCUUCCAGAGAAGGUCAGAUGAAGGCACUAAACACUUGUUUGUCUCAUAUAUUUAUUGUCUUUAUUUACUAUGGCCCUUUGCUGGCAAUAACAGUAAUGCAUCGAAUCAGUCACAAGAGUUCUCUAAUAGCACAUGCAGUCCUGGGAAAUAUCUACCUCUUUAUGCCACCGAUGCUCAACCCAAUUGUAUAUAGCCUGAAGACCAAGCAGAUACGUUCUGCACUAAGAAAGUCUUGGAAGAUUCAGAUAAGAUGA